AAGAAGAGGAUGAAUCAAUAGAAAUCACAGUUGAGGGGGAAAAUGUCCCAUACUUGAAUAUUCAGUAAUUCAUCUACUUGCAUGGUCCACUCUACAUACUUUCAUCUUUAAAUAGGACACAACUGUCUUGGAAGCCUGUGGACCAGAGAAAGGAAGAAAAGUCUAGAACCAUCUAUUAAUCAUUUCAGUGAUGGUUCUGAAGCCGGGAAUGGCUUCUGAUGGUGACAGAGUGCAUCCUUUGAAUCCAUAAAAAGAUAAGUAGGAAGAAAAGAAAUUGGAACUAUUGAUUGAUAAUGUUCAGCUGAUGGGGUUUCCUGACACCACUGAAGUCUAAUGGAUUUUCCAUCACUAACAUCACUGGAAUGGUAUGAAAACUGGACACCAUCUUUUCUUGGCAGAGUUAUUGUAAAAUAAACCGGUUAGGAUCUGAAAGAAAUCAGCCAUGAUGGAAAAGUGUUACAUGCAGGACUGUGUUGAGGACUACUUGAAUUGUUAAUGUCUAACACAGAAGGCUGCUUGGCUAUUGGUUCAGCGUGGCGUGAGGGAUUUUUAUUGUAAACUUUAAAAAUAACUAUGUCCAAGAAAAGCCGUGCCAAGGGAGAGAGGUCCGACAUGGAGAUAGAAGCAGUUCAGGCUGCUAAUGAGGAACUACGGAUCAAACUGACCAACAUCCAGAUAGAAUUCCAGCAAGAAAAAAGCAAGGUGGGUAAACUGAGAGAGAGAAUCCAGGAAGUCAAGCAAGAAAGAGAGCAGGAGCAGCACAAGCACACUGCCUACAUCUCUGAACUGAAGGCUAAACUCCAUGAGGAGAAAAUGAAGGAACUCCAGGCUGUCAGGGAGCUGCUUAUCCGGCAGCACGAGCAGGAAGUAGCUCGUAUGGUAAAAAUAAAAGACAGUGAAAUUCAACGCUUGCAGUCUACGGUGAACGUGCUGCGGGAUGGGGCAGCUGACAAAGUGAAAACUGCGUUGCUAAAUGAAGCCAGGGAAGAAGCUCGGAAAGCAUUUGAUUGUGAACGUAUAAAGAUGCAGCAGGAGAUAUUAGAGCUGAAGUCCGGUAAAAAGCAGCUUGAAGAAGCUUUGAACAAUAUUAUGCAGGCAGAUAAAAUGAAGGCUGCUGAUCUGCGCACGGCUUAUCAGUCCCAUCAAGAUGAGGUUAAUAGAAUAAAGCGUGAAUGUGAGAGGGAUAUCCGCAGACUGGUAAGCUUAAUUAAACAAUAAAUAUAUUUCAGUUUACAGCAGCUAUUAGAACAUUAUUGUGCUGCCCGCUAUUGGGCGCUACAACUUGCUAAGAAUGCUGUAAAGAUUGUCAGGCCUCAGACCUUAAUUAUUACUGAAUGUCCUAUUAGUAACCUAAAAAAACUGACUUUUCAGAGGCAUGUUGUGGAGACGUUUUUUGGAUUUGACGAAGAAUCUGUUGACUCUGAAACCUCAUCUGUAACUUCGUAUAACACGGACAAAACAGACAGAACGCCAGCAACACCAGAAGAAGACUUGGAUGAUAGUACGCCUAAAGAAGAAGCUGAUUUAAGGUUCUGUCAACUAACCAGAGAAUAUCAAGCUUUACAAAGAGCAUAUGCAUUACUUCAAGAGCAAGUUGGUGGGACACUGGAUGCAGAGAGAGAAGCAAGGACUCGUGAACAAUUGCAAGCUGAUCUCCUCAGGUACCAGGCGAAAAUUGAAGAUCUGGAGAAAUCUCUGAUUGAAAAAGGACAGGAUUCCAAAUGGAUAGAAGAAAAGCAGUUCCUUAUCAGAACAAACCAGGAGUUGUUAGAAAAGAUUUACAAAAUGGAGCUGGAAGAGAAUCUGCUGAAGAACGAGAUGCAGGAUGCAAAAGACCAGAAUGAGCUGUUAGAAUUCAGAGUGCUCGAACUUGAAGUAAGAGAUUCUCUCAGUUGUAAACUCUCAAAUGGAGCAGAAAUUGUGUUUGAACCCAAGUUGAAAUUCAUGUAAAGUUCACUGGUGCAUGUGUAAGGUGGAAAUAUUGUAGGUUUUUUUUAAAUGCUGUAAGUUUGAAUUCUGAAAAUGAAUACCACUGCCUUAAUAUGUUUUGGAGAGAAUGCUCACUAAUUUUUAUGAAGAUGUAAAAUAGCUAAUAUAUACUGCAUAUAGUUUGUUUUGCACCUAAUAAAAUAUUUUGUUUUGCAA